UUCCUCUCUUCCUUCAGGGAGGGAAGAGAACUUGAGCGGGGAGGAAAAUGUAGUCGAGGCAGCGCAGGCAGGGACAGUGAGGAAAAUACAUGAGUGGGAGAGGGAGAAGAAGAAGAAGGAGGAGGAGGUGGUGGUGGAGAAGGAGGGGGCGAGCAAAUUAAAAGUUGCCAAAUGGAGAUAUUGGGUUUCAAGUGGAGUGAGAAGGAGUAAAAGGGUUCGCCUCUUCGACUUUGUGUUAUGCUAAUCGGGAGAAAUAUUUAUAGAUCGGCGCCGGUUCUUUUGUCCUGUGUGUUUUUGCCGAAAGCAGCACUGCCAAAAGGGAGGCGUCGGCGACUUCGCGGCUAGCUACCAGAAGAACAGGCCGUUGUUUGCCGUCAAAAUGUCGAAGCAUGAGCGAGUUAACCCCAUCGCAACGCAGACACGGUUCACCUGAGCUCUUCUGGUCCGUUUCGGUUCGACUUUUCAAGGGGAAGAUCUGUGACGUUUUACGCCGCGAAUGAAAGCCUUCCCCACACGGAGGAGCCGAACACGUCAGCAUCGACUGGCGUUUUUUGCGACUAAUGCCGAUGCGUUGGCACCGAAAGCUCACAUUAGUACAUUAGCUGACUUUUAAUCAAAUUGCGCCGACGUACAUUCAACGCGGACCAACAAGACUAACAUGGCGUACACAGAGGCACGAAGCUAGGGCGGAACUCGAGGACAAUUGGAGCGGUGUACUGUCCUAAUUUACCAAUCAUUGCGACGCGGAAUCUAAUUGUUAGUCGACGUUCGGCCUAAAUGGCGAUAUACGUAUUUUAAUGUUCUUUAAGAAGUCGUAAUUGCGGUCGUUGGUCACUUAAAAUUCCAUGUUAAACCUAGACCUUUGCUCUUGUUUAGCCACACGAGAACAUCAACGCAUUGCCUUUUGCUAAUCCAGAAUUAUGACAGUGUUUUUAUUUUUGUACUUUAAAGUUUUAAUAAUGUGAUCGUUAGUUUUCCGUACUUGUAUGACUGUUACUUGGGCGUUGAUAUAAUGGCUGCAUGAAAAUACAACACUCGGUUGUAAAUGAGAUGUGAUCAUUUUAAAGGUGCGUUUAGGUCCUUAAGCGAUCAUUAUCAACAAUAUUUCCCACUCGCUUCUUCUGUCCGAGUCAUUCGAAAAUGGAGGCUGAAAAUAGCGCAGCUCUUAAAACGACAGCCUGGCUGCACGGCAGCCAUUUUGAAAGCGUUGCUGUUUGUACAGUGAAAAUGUGUCUCAAACGCCGUUUAAGCUUAAUGUUGUCAGUUCAAAAUAAAGAUAACAUUCCACUACUAAUGAUAUAUUUUGUGAUCAGUGUUCUGUGAACACAUUGCUUUAUAUACACAAGAUGCCCAGUAUAGCUGCACACUUGCUGGCUGACAUAAAGCCAACCCUCCGUUGUGGGUGUCAUGCAUCUUACUUCCAUACAAAUGCACAUUUCUACCCAGACUAAUGUAAAGCAGAAGGGCUGGGAGUGUGUCAAGGCCAACGGGCUCUCCCAUGGUUGCACAUUAUUGCUUCAUUAUCACUUUGCAACACUCCCACACUGUCUGCAUUUAACUUUUUUGUCAUCUCACCACUGCAUUUUGUCGCCCAGCCUGCCCCAUCACUGGAAAGUAGGGUGUUUACAUAACUGGAUCUAUCCAACCUGACACAAAACUGAGUGACACACAUACAGUAGUCGUAAAUAUGACACCAGCCUGGACCUGCACCAUAACACAAGACAGUUCUCAUGUUGCUAAGCCAAAAAUAAACGUUUGACAGUGUAACACAGGGCAGCUGUACAUCCCUGCAAACUAAGCAAAAUAAACAUUGUUGAGUUCAUAUGAAUAAAAGUAGAGCACAGUUAGUUUUGCAAAGGCAGAAUGAAUGCAUUGGAUCCUGUUAAGCUGUGCAGGUGUGCUCCAUGAAGUGUUUAGACGUUUAAGCAUACCUCUCACCUGGCUUGUUUUCAGGUGUCAUGGAUGAUGAGGACGAUUGUCAUCUUCUGGAUAUUUUAGGAGAUGUGGAUGCAUUGAAUGACUAUCUCCAUGGCAGCAACAGCAAGUCUAUUGAAGAGGAGGAUGUAGCUAAUGCAACUUACAGCUCGGAUGCACCUUUCUUCCCUGGUGACACUGUGAGAGUGCAGGUGAGUGCCAACGCUGGGCUCAAAGAUGGCUCCUCCACAAUGGCAGACUUUGGCACAGAUUUGUCCGGGGAUGGCCUCCAGCUCUCCAGCAGCCUUUCAUUUAUCGAGGACCAACUGGGGCCUGGGAGCUCCCCAGGAGGUGGAGUUGAUCUCGGCGGAGAAGACCAACCCUUUGACAUCUUGCAGAAAUCCCUCCUGGAGGCUGACAUCACGGAGCAAACGCUGGCACAGGAGGCCCUGCUGGACUCCCAGCCAGCCCCCACCCUUGUGCAGGCCCCCGUGUCCUUCCCGUCCCAGCUGGUCUCUGGGGGUUAUGGAGGGAGUGUGGUCACUACAGCGACGGCGUCGCAGCCGGCUGGGCAGCUCCUGCAAGGGGUGUCGCAGCUGCCUAACGGCUCCACCCAGCACAUCCAGGUGUUGGGCUCGUUCGGGGCGGCAGGCGGAGUCAUGACUUUGAGUGGUUUGGAAAGAACUCCACAGAUUGUGCUAAGGCCGGCGGGGGCUGUAGCUCCGGCAGUGGUGGCUCCAGGGGGACAAGUGUUUGCCCCCACCCAGGGGCAACUAGGCCAAGUGGGCUUGCCUUUAAAGAACAUCCCCCUCCAAAACGUCAUCAUCCAGAGAGGUCCAGGGGGGACCCAGACUCUCGUGAGAGCAAUCCAGCCUAAACCUCAUCAAGCUGGGGCUCAGACUGUCUACAGCCUCCAACCUGCAGCCUCCACCUUGGCUAACGUCACUACCACUGCUACUCCAGGAGCACAGUACACCCCCAAUGGUUCCAUCGUGGUGCAGCCGACAUUGGACCAACAGCACGCACAAACACAUUUACAACCGGGACAGUUCUUGUUGCCCACUUCUUUGGCGCUCACUCAGCCCGGCACCGUCCGCAACGGCCCCACGCACCCCAGCUCUAGCACACUGAUGACCACUCAGAACACGGUGCAGAUUGUUGCUGGUCAGAACUUAACAGCACAAGCGGGUGGGCCGCUCAUUUUGAAUCAGGGCAGUCAGGUCGGAGGGGGUGUGACACAAACAUGGACCAGCACCAUACCUGCACAGACAGCGUGCACUCCCGGGCGGCUGGCGCUGAUCAGCCCGGCGAGUCAAGGGCAGGUUUCUGCCAGUCCGGUACAGCGCCUGCUAGUGACGCAAACUCAGAACUGUACGUCAUUGUCCUCUUUGCCCAACACACUGGCACAGGAUCAGAAUUCUUCAUCGCCUGCUCUCCAACAAGCGCAGCUUAGCAGCGUUCAUGCACUGCAGACACCUGAUUUAUGCAUCAGUACGCAGGUCAGUGCGCAGAAAAGACCCGCCCCAGUGCCGCUUACAAAGGGAGGCGUGGUUCUACAGCAGCUAAGAGAAGAUCACAACAGAGUCCAUACUCCCGAGAGACAACACUUUACGUCAUUCAGCGACGUGCUGCAAAGGCUCCUCCCCUACCACGUGUUCCAGGGAGCUCCGCCCACACAGGAGGAAUUCUCACAGGUGGAUGAUGAAUUUGAGUCGGUUGCGACACAGGUGCUCCUGAGGACGCAGGCCAUGAUAAAUAAAUACAGGCGGCUACUUUUGGCAGAGUCGGAGCAACACUGCAGUCCUUCUUCAGAGAUGGUGAUGAUUGACAGGACCUUCAAUCAAGAGGAGCGUGGCAACCUGACGCAAGACAAGCGGAUGGUCUUGGUGGAUCCAGACACUUUCUUGGAAGACUUUUGCUGUGGGCUUAAAUCCAAAAGUUUCAAAGAUCCCGUCCCCUCGCCGCCAUCCGUCUGCGGCAGGAAUCGGCCCGACAGGGGCUCCGAGGAGCUUCCGUUCAGGACAGAUUCCCAGCCUGGGUUUGGGGACCCUGGAGGAGGUGUACAGCUAACAGCUGAUAGACUCCAACGUCCACCUUUAGAGAAUAAAAGCCUUUUGGAACUGAAGAAAUCCCAGCAGCGCUUUGGGCCCAGCGGCCACUCGCAAGGUAACCACGCAACUUUUGCAGGAGCAUCAGGGGGGCAGACACACUACCAGGCAGCCCAGCCGCUCACCUCACCCCCACACCUGGACACGGACUCUGCUCUGGAGGCAGCGGUCAACAGCAUCUUGGAAUGUUAAAAGCAUCGAUCAACGCUAAGUCCACCCUGGAAGUCAUGUGUGUCUGCUCUUCAUGUUCAUGAAGCAUGAUGGUGCAGGUGGGAGACAGGCGCUUCUGUCAGGGUGCGGGAAUGUGUGCAAUUUAGUGGGAAAUCUUUUUUUAAUGGCUGUGGGCUUUGUGUUCCUCUUCAUGCGGCAACACAGCGACCAAGGCAAUUUGCUAGCAACUCUGUGCCUCUGCUUCCUUGUUUACAUGAACAAUGCCCAUUUAACAACACAGUGGAACCUCCAAAAACUCAGUCCAAGUCAUAAAAGAUGUCAUGCUGACUAACAAUACCCAUAAAACACCACUAGGUGGCAUUAUUGCUCUACAAACACCUUCUUCCCCCAGCAGUUGGACUUAGUUGUACUUUUAUUCUACAACCCAACCCAAGUCCUGGUCCAAUGUUCCUCUGACAAAGUAGACGUACACAGUUGUCCUCCUUUGUUGGCAUCAAAUUGAAUCUUUAUGACGUGUUGUCAACUUCCUCAUCGCCGAGCAGCGUGAAGCAACAACUACUGUUCUGUUACGCAGCAUUUAAAUGUGUAUAGUGACUUCCUGUUCAGUGCAACGUAAACUUCAAAAUAAGAGCAUGGAAGUAUUAACCUAGAUUCAACAGCCAUUUUAUUAGGUUGUUUUUAUUCUUAGCCUCCAACCAUUGUAGUUGAGACAUACAAGGAAAUGAGCUUAGAGUAAGAGUAUAAAAUAGCAUGAAAACACAAGAAUCUAAGUACAAAUCUGCACAAAACCCAUGUGAACGUGGCCCAUUCUCCUUAUGUCUCUGGUGGAAAUGUUGACGUCGGUCGUGGAUACAGGCGGCUUCCACUGUACGACAUGUUGACAUUAAAAUGUUCAUUUCAUUUACACCUGUACAGGUUUGUUCCACUUUGGAGGUUCCACUGUUGGCUGCUUUCCUACCUGCAUCACACUCACCUGGCUCCUUUUCAGUUAACAAAUUGCACUAAAUUGCUUGUUUUCAGGUACUGCUUGUCUUGGAUGGUAACCUGUCACAUCACACUCCGCCACUUUUACUUUAGGAGCGUUACUGCAAUAUUGUUUCUGGCGCUUAAGUCACACUUUGGCUUUUAUUUUGUACCUUAAAGGUAUGCAAGCUCCUACACACACACACACACACACACACACAUAGAUCAUUUCAUUGUGUUUGUGUUAGGGGAGCUUAAUCAGUAAUCCUCAGAUUGAGGAAGAUAAAUGACUAUGUUAUUUUUUUAAAUCGGCAAUUUUAUUUGUGGAUGUUUUUGUUAAAAAAAAAAAAAAAGAGAAUGCUGGAGCGUAACUUGAUUGUACACUCGUGUCUGCCUUUUGCAUGUUGUUCUAUAUUACUGAUCUAUGCAGUCUGGUCUUUGGACUGCCUUGGUCUUUCUACUCAGUAACUUUCUUCUUCUCAGCAGCACAACCAAAACAAAGCGUGGUCAAGCGUGAAGUCACAAUAAAACUGCUGUUGUGAUCCACAACAUAUCAAAUCAUGUAUAAACCAUGAAGAACUGAAUAUCCGCCGUGUUUUCACUUCUUUUCUUUGCCCAGCAAGCAAUUGCUGCCAAAGUUGAAAGGCUUUUUUUGGUGUUGGUUAUAGAUUGUGCAACACACUGAAGGCCUUUUUUAAAAACAUGGUGUGGAAAGUCAAGUUCUUGACAAAAUCAUUUCCUUUAUUUGAAAAAGUAAUUUUUAAGCCCUGCUUUGUUAUUUUGGCGUGCAGGCCUGCGAUUGUUUCCUGCUUCUCACUAGUUUGUCUGAUCUGUAUAGUUUGUUUUCUAGAAGUAACUAAAAAUCCAAAAUAUUUAUAAUUUUUGUAUGUAGUAAUUUCUUCAUUUGUAGCUUAAACAGCAACAAUAAAUUCAUUUUGAAUACAAAAAACAAAGAGGCCCAGUUUGUCUGAGAAGUUCACUGAUCAAGGAACCCAGUCUGCAUAAUCACAUCCUAUGAUGGGACAGGGGGUCUUACACAACCUCCACAAAAAACCCUCGAGAGAUUCUUCAGGAUAGUUUGAAUUUCGGUAGCCAGAUUUGAUCUAACCAUAAAAUCAGCUCGCUCCCUUUGAUCUUCUAAGAAGCUCGUCACACACAAACAGCAACACAUUUCAUGUGGCACGAGGCAACAGUGACACCCAGUGGAGGACUGUGAUCCUACACACCUGUCAACGUAAAACCUCACAUAGUUAAACUCCCAAAAUAAAUAAUGCAACGUCAUGUCCUACGUAUGUGACAGAAAUAAAAACAUGUUGAAAUAAAGACAAAUAUCACAAACUAUUCAACAAUGCAGAAGACAUUUCGAGAAGAGCAAGAUGUCACCUAGUGGUACUUCCUCCAGCGAUCACGCUCUAGAAAAAAAGGUGCAAAGUGUUGUUUCUUCUUAUUCUUGAAUGCAAACAGAGAUGUUGCCAUACUUACUAAGAUGGGGGUAAGACCAGAUGUAGCUGAGCACACAAUACCCUGCCAACAGCAUGCCCACGCCGCCAAUGCCACCUUUCCUCACGUCAAUAUACUUUCUGUAGUACCACCCCCAGCCUGGAGGGGGCACAAUGGACCAUUAUACACUGCUCAAAAAAAGGGGAACACUCAAUUCACACUCAGUCCAAAGUGCUGUCCCAUUAUUCAAACUGUCCACUUAGGAAGCAACACAGAUUGACAUCAAUUUCACAAUGUGUUGAGCAGAUGGAAUAGACACCAGGUUGGGGGGGUUCUAUUGUGACUCCAAAUCCAGACCUCCAUGGGUUAAUACAUUUGAUUUCCAUUGAUCAUUUUGUUGUUGCCAGCACAUUCAACUAUGUAAAGACAAAAGUAUUUGAUAAGAAUAUUUCAUGAAUUCAGAUGUAGGAUGUGUUCCCUUUAUUUUUUGAGCAGUAUAUUUGCAAAGGCAUAGAUUGCACAAGUGCAGCUAAUGUGUGACUUUUCUUUCACCUCUCUGCAUCAUUUCCACCACAUCCUUUGGGCGGCAAGGGGUCCUGAAGGCCAGCCACCCGGGCAGCUCCCUCAGCAUCACCUGACCAAAGCCGCGCCCUGCAUUUAAAAUAAGAAGUACAUUAGAUCCUUGCAUAUUCCUUUUCCCUGCUUUAAAAUAGCGCCAUCAAACCACUUCAAAAACUAUCUGCAAGGGGAAAAAAAGCUGCAGCAGCAGUGUCACUCAAUACUUUCCAGCAGGAGGACACUAAUACUGGAUCCUGCAUGCCUGGAAUAGUUCAUAUGUCACACCCGUACUUUGGCACAAGAAUGUGACUAGUUUAUAUGGCUAUUAAAAAAAAUACUAACCAGAGCAAUUCUCUGUCUUCCUUUGGGUCAUUAAAGCAUUUUCAGCUCUUGACGGCGGGCCGGAAAAGUGGCCCAGAAAGGCAGAGGGGAGUUCAGCUCUGUGACGAAGGCCCUCCAUGAGGCUGUUGACUGUGCGUGGAGGGGGCGUGACCUGGCUCACCUGUGAUGGCUGGAGAUCAGUGAGAGGAGCAGUCUUGUGAGAGGUUAGUGUGGAAGAUGCUUGUUUAGGUGCAGCUAGCGCCUUUGCUUGCAACGUGGCGCUCACGUGAGCAUGACUCCUUUGUAAAUCUGGACUGUGUGUUUGGAUCUGAAUGGUCGGCCCGCUGCUUUUAGUCCUGCCUAACGGGCUCCCAACAUGCUGCAGUGUAAUCCUGGACAGACUGCCCCCACUUCCUUCCUGGCUUCUUUCGUCAUAGAGGUCCACUCGCUCUACUUCUAAAGGAGCCGUACUUUGGAUUUGAGACCGUUUCUUUUUAGAGGCACUUUUAGCUUUGGGCUCAGGGGAGGGAAUGUCUGAGCGAUCUUUGUCUGGUUUGUAUGCAGACUUGGUGGAUCUGUGAGGAUCGCUUUGUACAAAUGAAAACUGGCUUGGUUUUGGUGCUUCGACGGAAGUGCGGAUGCUCUUCUUCUUUGGUCUAGAAGAGGAAGCAGGAGAUGCCGGCGAGGAGACGAGGGCCAUUUUGAUUUGUUCAGACAACUUUUGCUUCUUAAGAGACGAAGAUGAGGGUGGUGUUGACUUUACAUUUUUCUCGGGCACCUCCGGUGGCACUGAAACUUUCUUUUUGAGUGUUGAUGACUUUGUCCCCUUCUUUUGGGGCCAGUCUGCAUCCAGGCUGUUAGAUGUCUGCGAUGCUGCCGGGGCAUCGGGGGUUAAAGGUUGCUUGGCUGCUUCCUUGCAGUGGGGAAGGUGGCUCUUCAAUCUUUUGUAGGAAUUCCCACAGAAUGGACACACCUCUAAUUGAAAAAACAAGCGGAGAAUAACUCGAUGAGUCCACAAAUCACGUGUCGCCAGUUAAGUAGAUGCUAUUUCAUGGCGCAUUUUAUAAUUAGCAGUUUCCAGUCACUGCACGUGAUGCCUUUAUAUCACUUUACGUAAAACCUGACGGGUCUCGUGACGCAAACUGUUUUCCAACUUACCAGUGCUCAUUUCGCACGCUUCAAAAAACAAGAACGAAGUCAGACAAGUUAAUCCAACAUUUUAAAGUAAAUUUAAAAAUAUAUAACAAUAUCUUAUGCCACUAAUUGUGACAGUAACGUUUUAAAACGUACAUCAUUCCAGACAGGCGCCCUCGGUCUUGUACUACUACGGAAGGACCCCUUGUGAGUUUUAGAUGACCAGCCAGAAGCCUGAGCGAAAAUCGUUCAAGGUUGAACGGAGUUUGAUAAAACCUUUGAGUUGGUGUUUAGGUGCUAUAUUUAAUAAAUGGACUAUUAACUGGAUCGUAAGCGUCGGAUUAGGACCCCCGUCUGAAACGUAAAUGGGUGUAAUGAGACAACUUGCAUCAGGCGUAGUUCCGGUUUCGUGUAAAAUUCCCACCACAGCAAAACUCCCUCUCAUAAAUGUUGUCAAAUAGGCAUGUUUCUUUAGAAAAGUGUGUUUUAUUGAGUGCCAUGACAAUGGACAGAGGAAUUAAUUUCAAAAAUAUGGUGGAAAAAAAGAAACAUUAUCUUCAUUAGGAACAAAAGCAGUGAUCGUGUUACAUUCAAGAAUGGAAAAGAAAAUGACGCAAUUUCUACAACCAUUUACACACGAGGAGAUAAACCUGGACAUUAUUUACACGGAAAGAGAUUUCAGUAUGUACAAAGCUGACAGGGGCUCGUUUUGAAGGGGAAAAACAACCAACCCCCAGAAGGCAUGUGGUGUCGGAUGAUUCACUGACACCUACACAGAUUGUUGACAUAGUUCACCCAUCGUGACGUCAUCGCUUCUUUCGAUUCAACCCUGAGAACUGUUGGCCCUAAAUGUCACAAGGGAAAAUGGAAAGUUGCAUUUUUUGGCACAAAUGCAGGAUUUCAAGAGCAACUAGGUCUCGAUUAAGACACUACUGGAAAGGCAUCACAGGGAGACGGUUCUGGGCUUGAAGAUGCAGACCAGGAAGAAGAGGGAAUGUUCAUGUAUUCACAAAGCAGUGCAACACACAAUGAGUUAUCUGGAUCAAUUCAGUGUUCGGAAAAUAGACCACUGCAUGGCACGGAUGAAACCUUCUGACCAUUUUGUUGUUCUCCACAGUGACGCCUUUCGCCAAAAGUCCAACAUAUCUCGUCAGCAUUUGGUCCACUCCAUGCCACAAAGCAGUGACGUGUUCUCCUACCAAACUCGGACUACCAACUCUUCACGAGGAGGAGAGCACAGACUAAUAGAAAAGCCGCUGACAAGUUCUACUGGAUUCUUCUUGAGUCUGACGGGGGUCAUUGGAGCAUGAGCUGCUUGAGGUUGUCGUGGAGAAUCGUGUCCUUGACGUCUCGGAACACCAGCCUGAUGUUCUCUGUGUUGAUGGCCGUGGUGAAGUGGUGGUACAGAGGCUUCUGGGUGGCAUCGCGCCGCUUGGCCCUGAAGCACUCCACCAUGAAGGCCUGGACAUUCGGCAGGCUGUGCUCGGGCCCGGCGUAGUCGGGAAAGUAGUCCUUGAGCGGCACGCUCUUCACUUUCUCCUCCAGCAGGUCCGUCUUGUUGAGGAAGAGGAUGAUGGAGACGUUGGCGAAGACGCGGUUGUUGACGAUGGUCUCAAAGAUGUUGAGGGAUUCACACAGACGGUUGGUCUGACGAUCCUCCAUCAGAACCUGACGAAGACCACAAGGAAGGACGCUUUUUCACUAGGCUGUCAAUCCAUUCCAAUAUUUGAGGGGUAGGGAACCUAUGGCUCGGGAGCCAGAUGUUGCUCUUUUGAUGACUGCAUCUGGCUCUCGGGCAUUUGUUAACACCAUCAAAUUUCUUUCUUUUUUUUGCUGACAUUUUAAAGUAAAACAUUAUAGAAAUCACAGUAUUAAAAAUAACGUUCAAAAUGUAAAACUUUCUCAUGCAUUUUAAUCCAUUUAUCCAUUUUCUAGCGGCAUGCGGGCGGCGAAAGCAAAUGCCAGCCGUCCUUCCCAUUUUUCCAGGUCCAACACCAAAACUGGAUUAUUAUUGGAUAAUGUGGUAGCCUACCCGGGUCAUUGAGAGAAUGUGUGCGGCGAUUUGUCCCACUUUGUUGGACGGUCCUUGAAUGCACCAUGUAACUUUGUCCAACGCUGCACAGAUAGACUACUAUUCUGUAUUUUUAGCCUUUUUCUUUCACCUCAUAUUUUCUUUCUCCAUUUCUCAUCAAUAUUUGUUACCUUUCCUCAAUCUACAGUGUGGGCCGAGGAUCAAACAGGACGUGCGCACGUUAAUCACGUGUCAAUAAUGCGUUAUCAAUGUGCUAAUUUUGACAGCCCUACAUGACAUUGAAUGAAUCCAUUGUAUUCAAAUAGUGAGGAAGGACGUACCUGGUCAUACUCUGAGGAGGAGACGAGGAAGAGGAUGGAGGUGACAGAGUCGAAGCACUCGAACCAGCGCCUCCGCUCCGACCGCUGGCCCCCGACGUCCACCAUCUUGAAAGGCACAUUCUUGAUAUCAAAGUCGUACUCGUGGAUGCCCUUGGUGGGCUUUCGUGCCAGCAGGAUGUCCUGCUGACUCGGCAGAUAAUUCUGGCACAGACGACACAAAAAGACCAUCCUUCAAACAUUUUAAUCAUGUGAUCAGUGUCAUGUGAUCACGUUUAUUCAUGUGAUCAGGGUCAUGAGUAUCCCAAAUGUGAGUGAAAGAUAUCAUCGCUCAAAUGCUUGCUUUUGAAGGUACAGCUUUUUGUAGAGCCUAAAGCUAGAUGAGCCCACCCCGUACGUACACUACGCCACCACCUUGUUAGAAAAGAAAAGAAAAAAGGCUUCUCCACACAUCUUAAAAUAAAUCUUAGUCAGCUACUGAUGUGGGAGUUGAUGCAGU